AUGAGCUCCCCCGCCGAGACCCCGCACCAGCUGCUGGGCCGGAUCCGCUGCCUGGCCGAGUGCGUGGGCUGCUUCGGCCGCGCCCGGCCCCUGCCCGCCGCGCUCUGCUAUGUGCCCCGCCGGGUGCGCUACAAGCUGUGCCGGGACCCCGCCGCCGCCGGCUCGGGCCGCUCCCUGCUCAGCGUCAGCGAGAGCCCGGCUCGCGCCCGGGGCUGCAAGAAGCUCGCCAAGGUCGCCAUCGAGCUGCGCAAGGGCACGUGCGUGCGGGCCACCGGCGAGGAGUAUUGCAACAGCCAGGGGCUGUGGGUGAAGCUGUGCCAGGAGCAGCUGGAGGAGUACAAGGGCAGCUGUGAGCUGGAGGAAGGCUGGAUCCUGGUGUGCAAACAUGCCGAGGGAGGGGACCGGCUGGUCCCGGUCGAGUCCACCGACAGAAUCCAGAGGCAGCAGCAGCUCUUCGGCAUCGAUUAUAAACCCGUGAUCAGGUGGGAGCAGGUGGUGGAUCUGACGUACUCCCUGCGGCUCGGCGUGAAACCCAAAACCAUGGAGCAGGACGAGGCGGCGGUGCAGAAGCUCCGGUUCGUGCCCCCGACGUGGAGUUACGAGUGUGACGAGGACCUGGUGCAUUUCCUGUACGAUCACCUGGGGAAGGAGGACGAGAACCUGGGCAGCGUCAAGCAGUAUGUGGAGAGUAUCGACGUCUCCUCCUACACGGAAGACUUCAACGUGUCGUGUCUGACGGACGGCAACGCGGACACCUACUGGGAAAGCGACGGCUCCCAGGGCCAGCACUGGGUGCGGCUCACCAUGAAGAAAGGCACCAUCGUCAAGAAGCUCCUGCUGACGGUGGACACGACGGACGAGAACUUCAUGCCCAAGAGGAUCGCAGUGUACGGCGGGGAGGGCGACAGUCUGAAGAAGCUGAGCGACGUGGGCAUCGAUGAGAGCUACAUCGGGGACGUGUGUGUGCUCGAAGACAUGACCACGCACCUGCCCAUCAUUGAGAUCCGCAUCGUGGAGUGCAGAGAUGACGGGAUCGACGUCCGCCUCCGAGGGAUCAAGAUCAAGUCGUCCCGGCAGCGGGAGCUGGGGUUGAGCGCGGACAUGUUCCAGCAGGCCAGCCUGGUGCGCUACCCCCGCCUGGAAGGGACUGACCCCGACCUGCUGUACCGGCGGGCCGUGAUCAUUCAGAGGUUUAUCAAGCUCCUGGACAGCGUCCUGCACCACCUCGUCCCGGCCUGGGACCACACGGUCGGCACCUUCAACUGGCUCAAGCACAUCAAGCAGUUCCUGCUGCUGUCCAAGCGGCGCACGGCGCUGAUCGCCCAGUGUCUCAAGGACUCGGAGACCAGCAAGCCCAACUUCAUGCCACGGCUCUACAUCAACCGGCGCCUGGCCAUGGAGCACCGCGACAACCCCGCCCUGGACCCCGGCUGCAAGAACGCCGUCUUCACCCAGGUGCAUGAGGGCCUUAAACCUUCCGACAAGUACGAGAAGCCCCUGGAUUACAGGUGGCCGCUGCGCUACGACCAGUGGUGGGAGUGUAAGUUCAUCGCCGAGGGCAUCAUCGAUCAAGGAGGCGGGUUCCGGGACAGCCUGGCGGACAUGUCUGAGGAGCUGUGUCCCAGCUCGGCAGAGAGCCCCGUGCCGCUGCCUUUCUUCGUCCGCACGUCCAACCAGGGUAACGGCACCGGGGAGGCCAGGGACAUGUACGUCCCGAACCCGUCCUGCAAGGAGUUUGCCAAGUACGAGUGGAUCGGGCAGAUCAUGGGCGCGGCUCUGAGGGGCAAGGAGUUCCUGGUGCUGGCUCUGCCUGGCUUCGUGUGGAAACAGCUGACCGGGGAGGAGGUCAGCUGGAGCAAGGACUUCCCCGCCGUGGACUCCGUGCUGGUGAAGCUCCUGGAGGUGAUGGAGGUGAUGGACAAGGAGACCUUCGAGUUCAAGUUCGGGCAGGAGCUGACCUACACCACGGUGCUCAGCGACCAGCGCAUGGUGGAGCUGAUCCCCAACGGCGGCAGCACCGUGGUGCGCUACGAGGACCGCAAGGAAUUCAUCCGCCUGGUGCAGAAGGCCAGGCUGGAGGAGAGCAAGGAGCAGAUCGCUGCCAUGCAGGCCGGGCUGCUCAAGGUGGUGCCCCAGGCCGUCCUCGACCUGCUCACCUGGCAGGAGCUGGAGAAGAAGGUGUGCGGGGACCCCGAGGUGACGGUGGAUGCCCUGAAGAAGCUCACUCGGUUUGAGGAUUUUGAGCCGUCGGACACCAGGGUCCAGUACUUCUGGGAGGCACUCGGCAACUUCACCAACGAGGAUCGCAGCCGCUUCCUGAGGUUUGUCACUGGCCGGAGCCGCCUCCCGGCUCGGAUCUACAUCUACCCGGACAAGCUGGGCUCUGAGACAACGGACGCGCUGCCCGAAUCCUCCACCUGCUCCAGCUCCCUCUACCUCCCCAACUACGCCACCGCCAAGGUGUGUGAGGAGAAGCUGCGCUACGCGGCCUACAACUGCGUGGCCAUUGACACGGACAUGAGCCCGUGGGAGGAGUGA